ACCUAAAAUACAACCAUUCGUCAGCUAGACAUAUACCUACGCUUCAUAGAAUGUUAAGUGUUAUUAAAAUGCAAACUUAGUAAGCAUGUUUUUAAAACACAAAGUGUUUUUCACUAGGUUUUCAAGAAAACUACUUGUUUUUCUUGUUAAUGAAAUGGAAACGACAAGUAUUUCGUCAAGGCAGUUAUUGUCCUCUUCAUGUACCACCUUAUGGUAUUAUUUGUUAAUAACCUUAUUGAAUGAAAAUAAUCCAACAUAUCCAAAUCUUAUGGAACAAAAAUUUACUUGUAAAAUCUAUCAAUUUUAUUUUUGGUAUGAAACACUACUUAAGAAACUUGUUAAUUUUAUGGUAAAAGGUGUUUCCUUCCACAUAUCUUCACUAAAUUGUAUGAUGCAGCAAAACGAUAUUAACAAUUUAUAUGUAAUCUAGUGUAUAG